AUGCCGCAAUUUGUCAAAAUGAGCAUACGCACGAGAGCACUGGUCUUUUUGACAUUUUUUGGCAGUUGCCUGGCCAUUGGCUUGUUAUUGGUUAGCAUGACAACCAACCACUGGAUUCGGGCCACUCCGCGACGCGUCAAUUCCACGGAAGCCAAAGGCGAUGUGAAUUUCGGUCUCUUCUAUGGAAGUCAGCAUUUGAAUCUUGGCUUCGGUGUACGCACCUAUCCCGUCAAUGUCUAUACAUUCAUACGAACGGAGAACGGAGACUCCAGCUUCUGGUUGUGGCUACUAUCUACACUUGGCACAGGCUUUGGACUUCUCGCCUGCGCUGUUGCUGCCAUAGCUGCUGUGUUAAAGUCUGCAUCGGCAGCCAAGAAGGGCGGCACCAUGGUACUACUUUUGACUGCCAAUAUAUCAGCAGCUGGGGCACAAGUGGUGGCCUUUGUGGCAUGGCUGGUGCAAUUCUAUCAGUAUCUCAUACACAAUGUGCUGAUCGCCGAGCAUCACAAACAGAACUGGUAUAGUACGGGCUUGGCCUACCUUGGCUACAGUUUCUAUUUAGUAGUCAUUUCCACAAUCGUGGUGCUGAUUAAUAUUACCAUACUGUUAUAUGCAAAACGUCGCGAGCAUCGUGAUCGCAAUCGCAGAGAGCCCCCAACUGUGGACAAGAAUCAUCCCGUUAUAAUGCUGUACUAGAUACUUGUAUACAAGAAGGCGCAAGUGGGGGAGUAGCACUAAUAUAACCUCAAAUGAACACAGGCUCGAGUAAGUGAUGAAAUCUCAGCGGCUCGUGCCUUACUUAUAGAUGCCUUUUGAUUGCCAACGCUGCCUACUGGGCAUUGCAUUUUACUCAUAAACGAUGAAAACAUACAGCAUAUAUACUUAAAACUAUGGAUUUUGUAAUAGUUUAGUUUUCGAAAACUUUAAUAGUAUUUAUAAGAAGGUAUUAUUUUGUAUACAUUCAGUUGAAGAAAGUCUGAUAUGUAUUUUAGCGCACAAAAGACAGCCGAAAGAACAAAUUUCCUAUAAAUCAAUUGCGCACUCAACUCAAACAUGUACUCGAAUAAACUUUAUACUCUAUUUUGAUAUACUACCUAUGAUAUACAUAUCGCGUAUAUAGCUACUUUACAGCUAUGUAUGUACAGAGUCAUUGUUAAAUACAAAUACAUACAAACAAA